AUGGGAAACAUCUGUGGCAAGGAAAAGUCCGACAACUUCACUAGUCCUGGUCGGACAGUAGGCACAGCUCCUCCCCAGAACGCCGCGCCCAAGGCAUCCGUGCCAAAGAAGGCGGCCAAGGUCACUGGCCCGGGCAGAACGCUGGGUGGAAGCGUCGGCAGCGGUAGCACGCCUUCUACUGAGGGACAACAGACGCCAGAAGAGGCGCGACGGCGAGCGGCAGAAGCUGCAGAGGCACGUGCUGCUGGCGCGAGUAGGGGCGGCAAGCUUCAGGCACAGCUCGACGCACAGAAGAAGCAGUCGAGGACUGACGCCUUGAAGGAGGCUAGCAAGCAGGAGCUUGCUCGUCGGGAAGCAGAUGAUGCGACCCAAGCCAAGAACUGGGACUGA